AGUAAGCGGCCUUUUCACAUGUCGGUGAAAAAAAUGAUGUUUUGCAAAAGUUGCCUAACAUUGCUUCAUAGAGUGAGAAAAAGUAUUGUUCCUAUUCGAAAUGUCUCCAGAAUUUCUUCAUCAUCCUUUGAUGACUGGAAUAAAGCUGUGUCGGACGCGGAGAAAAUCGUUGGGUACCCAACGUCAUUCAUGAGUCUUCGCUGUUUGAUAAGUGACGAGUUCUCCAAUGUUGCCAUGCACUUGAGAAAAUUAGUCGGCACGCGACAUCCUCUUUUAAAGACUGCUAGAGGUUUGCUGUAUGAUGGUAAACAGAACACACAAACACGAGGGCUGAUUGUCCUUCUCAUUGCUAAAGCAGCAGGCCCAGGGCCGACUGAACAGGAUAGAGCACAAGACAAGAUCAGUGGAAUAUACUCUAGCCAAAGAUCCCUUGCAGAGGUCACAGAAAUGAUCCACACAGCUAAUCUCAUACAUAAAGGAGUGGUUAAUCUGGAUGAUUAUGUAGACAGUGACCACAGGGAGAAAAAGGACAUGGAAUUUGGAAAUAAAAUGGCUGUCCUCAGUGGAGACUUUUUACUGGCUAAUGCAUGCACUGAACUAGCCACUCUAAAUAACACAAAAGUUGUGGAAACAAUGUCAUUGGCAAUCACAGAGCUAAUGGAAGCAGAAUUCACAGACCUGAGAGAUCCCAGAGGGGAGUGCAUACUAAAGUCAGACAUCCAGUUCUCUGAUUGGGUAAGACAGACAUAUUUGUCAUCAGGCAGUCUGUUAGAGAGGAGUUGCCAAUCUGCUAUGGAGCUUGCUGAUCACAGUGAAGAUCAAAAAGAGGCUGCAGCCUCCUUUGGAGAAAACAUGGCUUACCUAAAGCAGAUGAAGAAUGAUCUCAAGCCCUUUGUCAGUGGAGAUGAUAUUUUAGAGGACUUCAGUAUAACCUCAGCACCCGUCAUCAAAUACCUUGAACAAUACCCAGAAGAAAGAAACACAAUAAUGUCAUUACAAACCAAAGACUUGAGACAGAUUGUGUCCACCAUCAAGUCCUCUAAUGUGAUAGCCGAGUGCUUGACUUUAUGUGAUGAGUAUGGUGACAAAGCUUUGAAGGCUUUAGAUCUGUUUCCUCAGACUGAUGCUAAAACGGCCUUAAUUAACAUUGUAAACGCAACUAUAAAGUCCUGACAUACACACUGAAAAAGAAACAACUGAAAGUAUUAUGAUCCUUUGUAGCUUUUAAAAUACAUUUUUAUUGUUCCCAAUAGCAUAUGAUAUAAUUGUUAAAUACAUUGUGUUUAUUUAAGAUAAUAUUGAAUAAUUUUUUUCAGUAUUCUACCAUGCAAACAAGACAUAUAUUAUCUUAUAUUUAUUAUUUUUAUUUAAUUGUUUUUUUUUUUUUUUUUUUAUCAUCCUAUGGUUUUUCUAUACUUUUGAUCCAGUAAAUCCUACAUUUUCAUGAUGAUACAUCUUGUGGUGAUGCACUUCUCAGUGUCAAACUUAAUCACUAGUCAUAUUACAUUAUACACCUAUGAUAUAGAAUUGUAAUCUGUGUAAUCAUAUUGUAAUAAUUUGUUCAUGCCCCCGAGGGCCCUUGAUUGGUGAAUAAACAUAUAUAUAUAU